AUGCCUCCAGUCGAUCUGGUGCCAGGCUGGGACUGGAUCGGAUGUAUCGACAGUGGAUUCAACGGUCCCGGGUACUCGCAUUAUGGAGAGAAAUACUACGAACCGUACGACUCCGGAUUUCAAAUUUAUCGGGUCAUCCCGGCUGACGUUUUGGAGGGUGAAGACAUCGAGGACCCGGCCGCAAGGGAAGAAAUGCGGUCUUGGGCAAGACACGAAUUUAAGCGCAAUAAGAACGUUGAAGAGAUGACGCAAAUUCGUUACCUGAUAUCACAAGGAAGACACGAAAUGGAAACUAUUAUCCUCUAUCUCAAGUAUGCAACUAGACAGUUGGGCAACUUAGUACCCCGAAGUGGUACUUAUAGGAUCGUCUUGUCGAGGAUGUAUACAUCUGAAAUUGCGGAAGGACUUGAGGGUACAUACAUGAGGAUCGAGCUAGCCCCCCUAGAGCUCCCGUACCGGUGUCAAUGCAAGAAAUCUUACCCGGGCCAUAGGUAA